AUGUCUCAUUCACCUGGUACUUCACGAGAGAUACCAGCUGGUGACAGUGACCUUGACUCGGACGCAACAGGCUAUUCAGACGACAGUGACCUUGACGCCGCACAGGCACAUCAGGAGCCCCUGCCUGACGACCAUGAUAGUGACAACGAUGAUGUCGAGUAUAACUACGACUUCGAUUGGAGCCCGAAUACGAUAGGUAUGAGGAACAUUCCUUUUACUAAAGAGAAUAAAAUUCUUAUUCCUACACCUGGAAACAAUGAGCCAAUAGACUGGUUUUCCGUUUUGUUUGACGACGUGCUGUUGGAGAAAAUUUGUUCCUACACUAACGCCUACGCUUGGACAGUUUUCGAGCUGCCCACGUUGACCCCAAAGUUCACGAUCUAUUCUGGAAAAGGUGGUGAACUGAGUGGUGUUGGCCACACCAACAAAGUUGUAAUGCAUCUCAUGAGGCACAGAUUGGGGGUGGGCCACUCGUUGUACAUGGACAACUAUUACAACAGUGUCCCACUGGCCGCAACUUUAUUGAGGGAGUCCACCUACUGCACAGGCACCCUGAGAGCAGACCGCAAAUACUUGCCGGAGGAGGUCAAAACAGCGGUCCUGAAAAAAGGAGAAACUGUGGCAAGAUAUGCCCAGGGGAUAGCUGUCGCAAAGUGGAAAGAUAAGCGAACAGUGCUCUAUAUUUCUACUGAGUUUGAGAAUGAAAUGGCAGUUUCCCACAACAGAUAUGGUCAACCUAGGCAGAAACCCUUGGCGAUUAUCCACUAUAAUGCCGAGAUGUCUGGAGUGGACAGACACGACCAGUUGAUGGCGUACUACCCGGCUGAACACAAGUCCUUGAGGUGGUACAAAAAGGUUUUUGUCCACAUUCUUCAAAUGGGUUUCAUAAACGCAUUCAGACUGUAUAAAAAGUCCAACCCUGCCACAAAAAAAUCUCUGUAUGACUUCAGGAUUGACCUUGUACAUGCUCUGCUGCCUCCAAAGGAACGACUUCUACUGCGACCUGUCCAGAGAAACCAAAACCGGCACGUGAUCUCUAAAAUCCCCAAGCUGCCCAACAAAGCACGUGUAUCCAGGAGACGCUGCAAACAGUGUCAAACCGAAGGCCGCGAAACACGCACAAUUUAUUUCUGUGCACAGUGUGAUGGCGAACCAGGCUUGUGUGCAUUGGCCUGUUUCGAUAAGUGGCACGCCUGA